AUGGAUAUCAAGGCGUCGGCGUGGAGGUGCUUGGGUCGUUCGCUGUCGUUGGGGCUAAAUGGCACUGUCGUUCAUGAUCCGUUGAUUGGAGACCAUGAUGGAGACAACUUGGGUGCCCAAGGAGCUGAUUUGGGACAGAUUGGGCGCGUUAUCCGCGCAGUGGAGCAGAGAGGCGAGCGGCACGGCCUGGUGGGUGAGCUGCCCAUUGCCCAUGGUUUAGGCGAGUAG